AUGCCUUCUCUUCAACUUUUGCAAUUAACUGAGCAUGGUCGAGGCCUCUUGGCCUCUAGAAGGAAAUCUCUACUGCUUGCGGCUGGUAUCUUAGCUGCUGGUGGGACUGCUGCGUAUGUGCAGUCACGGAUUAGCUCUAAGAAAUCUGAUUCUUUUCAUCAUUCCAAUGGACUCAAAGAUGAUAAAAAGAUAUCAGAUAGGCUGGUUACUAAUGAAAAGAAAACUAUACAAAAGAAAGGAGGUUUAAAGUCAAUGCAAGUCCUAGCUGCAUUUCUUCUGUCUCAUAUGGAUAAAAUGGGUGCCAGGGACCUUUUGGCUAUGAUUGCCAUAGCAGUCUUGAAAACUACUCUGAGCAACCGAUUAGCGAAAGUGCAGGGCUUUUUGUUUCGUGCUGCUUUUCUCCGACGUGUACCGUUAUUUUUCCGUCUGAUAUCUGAAAAUAUCUUACUGUGUUUCCUUCUAUCAACCAUGCAUUCUACUUCGAAGUAUGUCACUGGGACAUUAAGUCUCUGUUUCAGAAAAAUACUGACAAAACUUAUCCAUUCACAUUAUUUUGAGAACAUGGCAUACUAUAAAAUAUCACAUGUCGAUGGCCGGAUUACUAACCCUGAACAACGAAUUGCAAGUGAUGUACCAAGGUUCUGUUCAGAGUUGAGUGAACUUGUCCUGGAUGAUUUGACAGCAGUUACUGAUGGUGUCCUCUACACUUGGCGCCUGUGUUCAUAUGCUAGCCCUACGUAUUUGUUUUGGAUGGUGGCCUAUGUAUUUGGAGCAGGAACCUUGAUUAGAAACUUCUCUCCUGCUUUUGGGAAGCUGAUGUCUAAAGAACAGCAGUUAGAAGGUGAGUAUAGGCAGCUUCAUUCACGUUUGAGGACCCAUGCAGAAAGCAUAGCGUUUUAUGGUGGAGAACAUAGAGAACGGUUUCAUAUCCAGCAGAAGUUUAAGACCCUGAUUAGACACAUGAGCACUGUCCUGCAUGAUCAUUGGUGGUUUGGAAUGAUUCAAGACUUUUUGUUGAAGUAUCUUGGUGCUACUGUUGCUGUUAUUUUGAUUAUCGAGCCUUUCUUUUCUGGCCAACUUAGACCUGAGUCUUCAACUUUGGGAAGGGCAGAAAUGUUGAGCAAUUUAAGAUAUCACACCAGUGUUAUAAUAUCACUAUUUCAGUCCCUAGGAACUCUUUCUAUUAGUUCAAGACGACUUAAUCGUCUCAGUGGUUAUGCUGACCGCAUUCAUGAAUUAAUAGCUGUAUCGAGAGAGCUGAGCAAUGAUGAUAAAUCAUCUCUGCAGAGAAGUGGAAGUAGGAACUACUUCAGUGAAGCUGAUUAUGUUGAGUUUUCUGGUGUCGAGGUUGUCACCCCAAAUGGUAAUGUUUUGGUUCAAGAUCUAACUCUUAAAGUCGAAUCAGGAUCUAAUCUGUUGAUUACAGGUCCAAAUGGCAGUGGAAAGAGCUCACUUUUCCGAGUUUUAGGUGGCCUAUGGCCAUUGGUUUCUGGCCAUAUUGUGAAACCGGGGGUCGGUUCUGAUCUUAAUAAGGAAAUCUUCUAUGUUCCACAAAGGCCAUAUACUGCUGUAGGCACUCUCCGUGAUCAAUUAAUUUAUCCUCUGACUGUAGACCAAGAGAUUGAACCACUGACCCAUAGUGGAAUGGUGGAGCUGUUAAAAAAUGUUGACCUUGAGUAUCUAUUAGAUCGUUAUCCACCUGAGAAAGAGGUUAAUUGGGGUGAGGAACUGUCACUGGGGGAGCAACAAAGGUUGGGGAUGGCCAGGCUUUUCUACCAUAAGCCUAAAUUUGCAAUUCUUGAUGAGUGCACUAGCGCUGUGACUACUGAUAUGGAGGAACGUUUUUGUGCUAAAGUACGAGCUAUGGGAACGUGUUGCAUAACCAUAUCUCAUCGUCCAGCUCUAGUUGCGUUUCAUGAUGUGGUUUUGUCCUUGGAUGGAGAAGGAGGCUGGCAUGUUAAUUACAAAGGGAAGGAUGCUCCAGCCCUGACUGAAGCUGGGACUGAUGUUGCAGGGGCUUUGGAGACAGAUCGCAAAAACGAUGCGAUGGUAGUCCAAAAAGCAUUUUCCACAAGCGAUAAGGUUACACAUUCGUAUAUUUCGGAGGUGGUCGCAGCAUCGCCUGACAUAGAUCAUAAUCUUCCAUUGCCCAUUGUUCCACCACUUCAAAGGGCUCCAAGGGCAUUGCCACUGAGAGUAGCUUCCAUGUUUAAAAUACUGGUACCAUCUAUACUUGACAAACAAGGGGCACACUUAUUGGCAGUUGCUUUCCUUGUUGUCUCAAGAACAUUUGUAUCAGAUCGGAUUGCCUCUUUGAAUGGUACAACUGUAAAGUUUGUUUUGGAGCAGGACAAAGCAUCUUUUGUUCGAUUAAUAGGCAUUAGUGUUCUUCAAAGUGCUGCUUCUUCUUUUAUUGCACCUUCAUUGAGACUAUUUGAUCCUUGCAUUUUGCAAGCUUUUGGUUGUUAUUUUAAUUUGUCGCCUGUGACAUGGGAUCAUAAGUUUGCUCUUCAUGGUUUCCGUAUCACUUAUGUUUUCCACAUGUCUAGCAAAAAUAUUGAUGCAGAUCAGAGAAUAACUCAUGACCUGGAAAAGUUAACCACGGACUUGUCCGGACUGGUAACUGGAAUGGUAAAGCCAUCAGUAGAUAUCCUGUGGUUCACCUGGAGAAUGAAGCUCUUAACAGGUCGGAGGGGAGUUGCCAUAUUGUACACUUAUAUGUUGCUUGGUUUGGGUUUUCUGAGGACUGUUACUCCUGAUUUUGGUGAUCUUGCAAGUCGAGAGCAACAACUUGAAGGAAUCUUUAGGUUCAUGCAUGAGAGACUGCGCACACAUGCCGAAUCUGUUGCUUUCUUUGGAGGUGGCAAACGAGAAAAAGCUAUGAUUGAGUCAAGAUUCAAGGAACUCCUGGACCAUUCCAUGUUACUUUUGAAAAAGAAAUGGUCUUAUGGCAUACUUGAUGAUUUUGUGACGAAGCAACUUCCACAUAAUGUAACUUGGGGUUUGAGCUUGUUGUAUGCCAUGGAAAACAAGGGAGACCGAGCCAUGACCUCGAAUCAAGGUGAGAUCAGUGAUCUGGCACAUGCGUUGCGGUACUUAGCAUCUGUUGUCUCUCAAAGCUUUUUAGCCUUUGGAGACAUCCUUGAAUUGCAUAAGAAGUUUGCUGAGCUUUCUGGCAGCAUAAAUAGAAUUUUCGAGCUUGAUGAGCUUUUGGAUGCUGCACAGUCUGGGGAUUCGUUGAAUGGUCAAUUAUCUCCAUCUAAGAACAGUGAGCUUUACUCAAAAGAUGUCAUUUCCUUUAUGGAGGUAGAUAUCAUUACUCCAGCACAGAAAUUGUUGGCAAGGCAGUUGACAUUUGAGAUAGGGCAAAGGAAAAGCCUGCUUCUCACUGGUCCGAAUGGAAGUGGGAAAAGUUCUGUUUUCAGAGUCCUCAGAGGUCUUUGGCCCAUUGCGAGUGGAAGACUUGCUAAACCAUCCCAACAUAUUAGUGAAGAGACUGGAUCAGGUUGUGGUAUCUUCUAUGUUCCUCAACGACCAUAUACGUGCUUGGGAACCUUGAGAGAUCAAAUUAUAUAUCCUCUCUCUCGUGAUGAAGCAGAACUCAUGACUCUGAAGUUGUAUGAAAAAGGUAAGCAAUCUACUGAAAUAUCAGACAUUCUGGACAUGUGUUUGAAAAAUGUUCUGGAGAAUGUUCGGCUAAAUUAUCUCUUGGAGAGAGAAGGCGGCUGGGAUGCAAAUUUGAAUUGGGAAGACACUCUCUCUCUUGGUGAACAGCAGCGAUUAGGCAUGGCUCGUCUAUUCUUUCACAAGCCUAAAUUUGCCAUCCUUGAUGAGUGCACCAAUGCAACAAGUGUUGAUGUUGAGGAACAACUAUAUAAGCUUGCUACUGAUAUGGGCAUCACAUUCAUUACCUCCUCUCAGCGUCCUGCUCUAAUACCAUUCCAUUCCCUGGAACUACGGCUUAUUGAUGGCGAGGGCCAUUGGGAGCUUCGUGCAAUUAAGCAAUGA